AUGGGAAAUAAUAUUUCUAAUUUAAAUAAAAACAAUUUUAAGCAAAAGAAAGAGAAGUCAUUUUCACCAGUUUCUUCACCUAAAAACAAUCAACGACCAGUCCGUGAAUGUUAUACAGACAAAUCAUCUAUUCAGACGGUUGUCCGUUAUUUAUAUAGUAACCAGGACGAAUUUAAUUACAAUCUCUAUACAUCAGCAAAUAUCGAUGAAGAGCUACUGGGACUUUCUAUUUUAAUUACAGAUCAAGUGGAUAAAUUUUCAAAUCUUGAAAUACAUCCUUUAUUUAAAGAUGCGUUAAAUGAUUUUUCGAUGUAUAUUUCUUCAAAAAAAGAUAUUCCUAAAAUUCCUGUUUUUUUUGAAAUAACACCAAAAAUCAUUAAAUCACAACCAAAGGAUAAGCAGGUUGUAUCUAUAGACCCUUUGCCAGAUAAUCUCUUUCAUUUGAAUCACAAACGUUUUGAUAGACAAGAAAAACAUAUUCGGAAUAUUGAACGUGAAAGAUUUGCACACGAUCAGUUUUAUUUGGAACAAAAGAUUGAUCAGCUUCAUAGCUCAGAUUGGAAGAAGAUUGUCAUGGCUAUUUCUAAAAUUACAGGUUCUAAAGACCCUUUGGAAACACAAAGACAGUUUAUCAUUCAAAAAUUAGAACAUGUUUUAAAAAAAUUUAACUCAUGGAAAGAAUUUGAAUUAAAGAAUAAAAGAAAGUCUAAGGAAGUGACUAAUUCAAAUCAAGAUUGUGUCUCAAAAACUAGUAGGUCUAGUUUUUUAAAAAAUCAUUUGAAAAAACAAAAAUUGAAUACAGAAAUUCCAGAAAUUUUUAUACCAGAAAAAAACGAUUCUAAUAAAUCCAACAUUAACAAACCUAUUCAAAAAAAACGUAAGAUAUCUUCAAAUUUAACAGAUUCAGCAAAUAGUCAUACAGAAUUUCCAUUAUUUAAUACAAUGCAUGAAGAGACUAAAAAAAAUAAAGAUAUAUCUAUCGAAAAUGAUGAUGAAUUGAUUAGAACUAAAGAUUCUUUUAUUAAGAAUGAAAAUAAAUGUAAUAAAAAUCAAAAUAAACCCACAAAAAAUGAAAAUAAGUCCAUUAAAAUUCAAAAUAUAUCAAAUAAAAAUGAGAGUAUAUCUAUUCAGAAUGAGUAUAUCCACAUCGAAAAUAAAAAAGAAACAAAUACAACUGUACAUUCUUUAAUUGAAAAUAAAAAAAAAUCAUUCAUAAAAUCACCCCAUGUAAGACAAGCUAUUACAAAUAAUUGGCGUAGAAGUAACAGAAUGAUAUUAGCGUUUGGGCAGCCGCUUCCUAAAAUAACCACAAAAGUUCAAGAAUUUUCAUUACCAUUUGAGAUUUUAAAAGACGUACAAAAGUGA